AUGCCAAAUGCAAUCGACAAGUCGUCUCAACUAGUAACAGAUUUUGCUGGCUAUUCGACUCUCCAUGGAUUUCAUUUUGUACUUGGUCUUCACGCUCCAAUUCGACGGUUGCUUUGGCUGUGCUUGAUCCUGUCCUGCGUCAGCUUUCUUGUAGUGCAGUUGGUCUUAAGUUAUCAGAAGUUAAGUGCGCAUAGACAUGUCCUAGACAGAGAUGUCGUUCCUUCUAAGAGCUUGACGUUUCCAGCGUUUACACUAUGUAAUAUCAACAUGAUGAAAAGAUCCAUGAUCGAUGGGACGGAUGCACAGUUGUACUUGGAUAAGCUAGAUCCUGUUAAGGCGAGCCAAGUUGUAAAUAAAACUUUAUCCAGCUCCUUCGAUCUGAAAAAGGCAGUUCUCGAGUAUGGACACACAGCAAGCGAAAUGAUAAAAUUGUGUACUUGGAAUGGGAAAAUUUGCAGUUAUAAGAAUUUUACGACAUCCUUCUCAUACACUUAUGGCUUGUGUCAUACCUUCAACUUAGGAGACAACGAAGAAGAACUAUUAAAUUCAACUUCAAACCAAAGAGAUCUUGGUCUUAUUCUAAUGAUCGAUAUCAAUGACGAUGAAUAUUACGGACCUAUUAGCUACCUGUCAACUGGGAUUAAAGUCGUCGUGCACGAUCAAAAAGAACAUCCCAUGGUGGACGAAUUUGGGGAUGAUGUCAUGCCAGGUUUCACUACUUCAAUCAAAAUCAAGCGUGAAAAGUUUCAUCGUCUAAAGCAUCCGUACAGCUCUGCCUGUGGCAGUAAAAAACUCGUCACUUCGAAUGAGUACGUUCGAAGUAUAUGUAUAUUGGAAUGCAAUACUCGUGAGAUGAUCAAGAAACGGGGAUGCAGGCUCCUUGGCAUGCCCAAUUUACCGGAAUUUAACACUACAGGAUAUUGUAAUCCGAGUGAGAUUAUAUCAGAUGUGGUUACACCGAGAGCAAGCAAUUGUGAUUGCCCAUUGCCAUGUGAAGAAAUA